AUGGGCCAAACAGAAAGUACAGCAAAGAACAAUAAUAGUUAUAAUAAUGGUAUAUCAUCAUCAACAUCCUCAUCUAAUAUAUAUGGAAGUUUUGGUUUAGAUAAAUCAAUAUCGAAUGAAUCUUUGGUAAAAAGUAAUAGUACAAAUGAAAUUAUCACAAUUAAUCAAAUAGAAAAAAAAGAAUAUAUUGACCCCGAAUUAGAAGUACUAUAUAAAACGCCUGUUUUUUAUCCUUUAUUAAGUUUGGAUGAUGAAGAUAAUAGUGACGAUGACGAAAAUGAAAAUUUAGAGUCGUUGGGUGAUGAGGAAAAACUAAUUAGAUUUUUAAAGAAGAAACAUCAAAUGACUAUACCCAAUAUGGAUCCAAAAUUUCUUUUAAAUUUAUCAAUAGAUGUACAAACAUAUUUGAAAAACUCAACAGGAUAUAUACACGAACAACAAAAUGAAAUAAUGCAAAAAAUUAGAGAUGUAGAAACCAAACAGGCUAAAAAGUUUACAAAUAUUAUGCAAAUUAAAACUAGCGAUGCAACCCAAGCCCAAUUAAGUGUUAAGGAAGUUUUAGAUAAAGUAAAUAAAAAUAUUGAUAAAUCAAAAGAAAUCAUUUUUAAAAUAGCAGAUUUAAUCGAGAAAAUAGAGACCUCAUUGCCUGCAAACGAGGUAAAAGAUUUAAAAGAUGAAAUGAAUGCAACCUUUGGUCCUCUACCACAAAUUUAA